AUGUUCGGGCCUCCAUCCACCGAACUCCCCAAGCCCGCAUCGCCAUACACCCCCGACUGGCGAUUCCAAGCCCAAUCCCACACGCCUCCGGCUCCGACUCCAGUCGUACGCGAGUGCUGCAUCAGUAGUAAGGACGAGCGAAGAGAAAGGGCACAACUUAGCCCCGUCGAGCGAUGUCUGAAGCGACCCCCGCUGCCAUGCAACGAGGGUGAUGACACCAUCAGCCUGGAAGCCGGCGAUGGCCAUAACUCUCAGGUCCUAACGGUUGAGGUGCCCGCUCUAGUGGCCAAGAUCUACGACCCACUUUACUUCGAUGACGACGACGGAUAUCUCGACCCGUUCCGCUGCAUGGACAUGUACUACACCCACGAGGCCAAUGCAUACCCGGCACUGCACGAGCUCCAAGGUCUGGGAAUCCCGACUUACUUUGGUUCCUACACUGUGAACCUACCGGUGGAUGAAGACCGCUCGCGGGGCCCCCUCGGAAGCCGGAUCUACGAGAAGAAUCUGUGGCUCACCGAUCUCGAGCCCCGGAAUCAGCAACCUCGCGUGGUGUUCGUGGACCUGGCCCAUGCGCUUUUCAAUCGGCGGCGAGAUGACCCCCUGGCAGUGACGCUGAAUCGUUUCCUGGGGGAAUACAUCUCACCUCUCCUGCGCUGGAAGAACCCCCAGGCGCAAGGCGGUCCCCCUUUGAGGACUGGGUGGACUGGGAUUGGGGAUCCCUGGCUCACGGCGGAGUUUGCCCACACCGUGACCAAUUUCACGCUGGAGGUGCGAGAGCGAUGGGCCGACAUUUGA